CUUGACGACCUUUACACGCCUUACAUCCAGCAUGGCGUCCCAUGCCAGCGCCGAUGACAUGGAUCCCUUUGCGCAGGGUAGUGGCACACGGCCACCGUCCUACCACGAGGACCAGGAUACCACCACCACCACCACCAACGAGGCAACUCCAUCCGCGCGGGCCGCCUCCUCUUCCUCUUCACCAAGUGCUCCUCAUGCUCAGCAACAGCAACAGCAACAGCAACACGCCCCUCUCCCACCCCCGGAAAUCGACAUGUCUACCCUCAGCAUAAUCGACGCUCAAAAGACGACGGACCACGUAGGCGCAUCGUCCUUCAUCGUCUACGUCAUCCGCACGGGCACCACCGAAGCAAAACGUCGCUACUCGGAAUUCGAAGCACUCCGCAGCGCCCUCGUCUCCCUCCACCCGACGCUCAUCAUCCCACCCAUACCAGAUAAGCACACCUUGAGCGACUAUGCCGUUCGCCAAUCCAAAGCAAAGGAAGAUGCAACAAUCAUCGCCAGGCGAAAACGAAUGCUCCAAUCGUUCCUCCGACGUUGCGCCUCCCACCCGACCCUGCAGAGCGACGCGGUCCUCCGCAAAUUCCUAGAUGGCCGUUUCCCAUGGCACGAGAUCCUCACAACGCCGCCUCUUUCACACCUCCCCAAGUCGAACCUCAGAGCCCCACCACAGAAUCCGGCAGACCCUCAAGCAAGCCCAGCGUACGCCUCUCUACCCCUUCCACCCAGCUCAACCGGCGCACAACAGCCAUUGCGCAACCCCUCACAACGCUUUCUGGACAGCGAAGCUUUCACGAACCGCUUUGCGGCACACAUGAGCCAAUCUCUCGAAAAAGCCAACCGUCGUGUCGCGCGUCGCUGGUCCGACUCCUCGGGGGACUUUGCAGAGCUAGGUGCCGUCCUGAAUGGCUUCUCUCUCAGCGAGUCUGGCGCCCUCGCCUUAGCCAUCGAGCGGACGGGUCAAGCGGCCGAUUCCACUUUUAUGUCCAUUGGGGGCUUGCUAGGGGAUUGGGAACAGAGCUUUACUGAGCCUCUGCACGAGUAUGUGCAGUUUGCUUCCGUGUUGCAGAAGUUGUUGAAGUGGAGACAGGCUAAGCAUGUGCAGUUUGAGAUGGCACAAGAUGCUCUUGAGGCUAAGCGGCUUAAGUUGGGGGAGCUGGAGCGUAUCGAGGCAGAGGCUCGGAGGUUGGAUAGGGCGUUGGAGACUGGUGGGAGAAGUUUGGGAUUGGGCACGGCAGGGGCCAUGCAUGGCGGUGGGGCGGCUGGGAGGAGGGGAAAGAGCAGUAUCUACGGCUCGGCGGUUGAGGGGGAGGACGAGGAAGGCGCCUCGGCGGAGAGGGGACGGUCACCAGGUCUGGGCGACGAGGCAGGGUGGAGUGACGGCAUCGGCUCACCAUCUGCUGGUGCUGCUGCUGCUGCUGCGCCCAGCAACGACGAAAAUGCCGCGGCUGGAAAUCAUGGCGCCAACGCCUCGCGCGAUCCAGCCGCGCUCAGGCAUCGUCCGAGUCACAGCUCCUCCUCGAGCGGGGCAGGUGGCGGUGGCGGUCUACUCUCCUCUCUCACCUCCACCUUCUCCUCCUUCCUAGACGUGGACCCAGAGUCUACCCGUCGACGCGAGAUAUCCCGUCUGCGCGAGGAGAUCCUCCUGCUGGACGAAGGGCUCAAGCUCACCGCUGCGGACCUCAAAUGGGCCACGGGGGCUAUUCAGACUGAUCUGGAUCGAUUCCAACGGGGGAAAGUGAGGGAUUUCAAGGGUAUGAUGCUCGCUGUAGCUAGGAUGCAUAGGGAAUUUUGUCGAGUCAAUUUGCAAAACUGGCAAGAAGCCAAGGACUCCAUCGACGCCAUUGAGGGGCGGGUGCAGCCUGCUUCUAGCGCAGAACAGUGGCCGACGGGAAGGAUGCCGGAGAGCUCGCUCACGAGGCACGAGGAGCGCAACAAUAGCAACAGCAGUAGUGCUGGUGCUAGCAGUGGUGGUGGGGCUGGUGGUGGUGCCGGGAAGACGAAGCGGAAGGGCGCUGCGAUGGGGGAGACGGAAAGCGGGAUAGACGGUCCCGCUGCGGCAGCGCCGGCAGGUUCGCCGAAGGAGGCUGGAAUGUCGUACGAGCCGUUGGGGUGGGACGAUGUUUCCCGUGUUGCCAGGGGGCAGAGAGGAAGGGACGACUCGCUGGCGCCGAUGACGCCGGCGCCAGCACCGCCGGGCGAAGCGUUCGAGAGUAGCAGGCUGGACUCGGAUGGCCCGCCAGUGCCGCCACCGGUGGAACGCCAAUAAUCUCGAUCCCAAUAAUAGCUCGAGUACCCUGCGGCGCUGCUCAUGCUUGUGUGGGCCUUGUUGUUGGGCUCGUACCCGGCCUCGGUCGUGGUGGAGAGAGAGGUGAGGGAUGAGAGGGAGGAAUGUGCAUGAUGCUGCGCCUGACCCUGGUGCUGGUGCGCUUGACCUUGAAGCUGAGCCUGGGCCUGUACUUGUAGCGUGGUACUGGAAGCGUUGGCAUGGGCGUUGGCGUCGACGCCGAUGUACAGAUCGGGCAUGCUCGAGUUGGAAGCGAGCUGCUGAUGCUGAUGCUGCUGCUGUGGUGACCCGCUCCUUGAAACAGAAGCAGAGCCAGAACCAUAUCGCCAAGCGGCUGGCGGGGGGGAUACUUUCGCGCCUGCUCCAGCGCUGCUGCCGAGACCGAGUCCGAGCUUGUUGUGGUGGGCAUGAUCGUGCACGGAGUACCAGGAUCCGUGCUCCCCUCCGCGGUAGGAGAGCUGUGCG